AUCUUAUCAUUUAUAUCUUCGUUUUCUUCGAAAUUCUUGCGUUUUUAUUUACAUCACAUGUAUUUUCUUAUUUUGUAAUCUUUCAUUGUAUUGUAUCAUUAAGAAGAUGACGUCAUAGUUUACGUUAUUGAAAUACUUGUUGAUGGCGAUUGUAAGUUAUUUGUUUUAAUUCAACAAUAUUCUAUCGAUCUUCUUUUUAAAUAAUGUUACGAAGAGGUGCUUUUUUUGUACGACAUCUUAGAUGUUUUAUGAGAAGUUAUCACGAUGAUGUACCUGUUAUUGGUACACCACAAGAUACAAAAUCGUCUACUUUUCAAGAAAAUUAUCUACAAAUGAAAAUACUUGUAGACGAACUAAAAUCUAUUGUAGAAAAGAUAGUAGAGGGUGGGGGACGUAAAGCCAUAGAUAGACAUUUAAGCAAGGGAAAAUUAUUACCCAGGGACCGUAUCAAUAUACUUCUAGAUAAGGGUUCUCCUUUUCUAGAAUUUUCACAAUUAGCAGGGUACCAGAUGUAUGGAAAAGAAGAGAUACCAGCUGGCGGAAUAAUAACUGGAAUCGGCCGAGUAGAAGGGAACGACUGUUUAAUAGUAGCAAAUGACGCGACGGUAAAAGGUGGUACUUAUUAUCCAAUUACAGUUAAAAAGCAAUUACGUGCUCAAGAAAUUGCAGAAGAAAAUAGAUUACCUUGUAUAUAUCUGGUUGACAGUGGUGGAGCAAAUUUACCUUAUCAAUCCGACUUGUUUGCCGAUAAAAUGCAUUUUGGAAGGAAUUUUUAUAAUCAAGCAAAUAUGAGUUCUAUGGGAAUUGCACAAAUUGCUGUUGUGAUGGGAAGCUGCACAGCAGGUGGUGCAUAUAUUCCUGCAAUGGCAGAUGAAAAUAUUAUUGUCGGAAAUCAGGGCACUAUAUUUUUGGCUGGUCCACCUUUAGUAAAAGCAUCUACAGGGGAAGAGAUUACGUCAGAAGAUUUAGGAGGAGCAGCUCUACAUUGUCGAAAGUCUGGAGUGUCAGAUCAUUAUGCUGUCGAUGAUACUCAUGCUUUGAUUCUAGCGCGACGAGUUGUUAAAAAUCUAAAUCGUAUGCCUCCCAUGGAUGUUAAGAUUGAUACAAAAGUAGAAAUACCAGUACAUCCUGUUGAUGAGCUUUAUGGUAUAGUUGGUACAAAUUUAAAACGACCUUUUGAUAUACGAGAAGUCAUAGCAAGAAUUGUUGAUGGUUCAAGAUUUAGCGAAUUUAAAGCAUUGUACGGGGAGACAUUGGUAACUGGAUUUGCUAAAAUUUAUGGUUAUCCGGUAGGGAUCGUUGCAAAUAAUGGUGUACUCUUCUCUGAAAGCGCAUUGAAAGGAACACAUUUUAUACAGUUAUGUGCACAAAGAAAAAUACCUCUUGUGUUUUUACAAAAUAUUACAGGAUUCAUGGUGGGUAAAGAUGCGGAAGAAGGAGGUAUUGCUAAAAAUGGUGCAAAAAUGGUAAACGCGGUAGCGUGUGCAAAAGUCCCCAAAAUUACCGUGUUAAUUGGAGGUUCUUACGGUGCUGGAAAUUAUGGCAUGUGUGGGCGUUCUUAUUCUCCACGCUUUUUAUAUUCUUGGCCAAAUGCUAGAAUCUCUGUUAUGGGAGGAGAACAAGCGGCCAGUGUAAUAGCUCACAUUACAAGAGAUCAACGUCUUCGAGAAGGCAAAGAGCUGACGAAAGAAGAAGAAAAUAAAAUUAAAGAACCAAUUAUCAAAAAAUUUGAGGAAGAAGGUAGUCCAUACUACUCGAGCGCUAGAUUAUGGGAUGAUGGAGUAAUCGAUCCAGUCGAUACUAGGACAGUGCUUGGGCUCAGUCUAGCUGCCUGUUUGAAUACUUCAAUACCAGAAAGCAAAUUUGGUGUCUUCAGGAUGUAAUAUGUUCUAGGAUAUAUGUAUAUAUUAUAUAUCUUUUUAUACGUUCAUAAAAAUGAAUGUUUGUUAUUAUGAUCUGUUUAUAGUAUAUAUAUAUAUAUAUAUAUAUAUAUAU